CCCCGAUGACGUCGAACCCCUCUCUUUGGAAGGGGGUGUCUGACAUGGGAUUUUCAUAUAUAGCCCUCGUAGUCUCGCGGUGCUCUCCCACUCUUACCUUCUACCAAACCCUCCCCUACAAUGUAUGCGAUUUUAGCAGCCCGUAAUGCAACAAAAGCGGUUUACCGUGUUUCCACUGUCAUAAAGCCGAGUUCGAGGUUAACAUCGACAAGGCACUACUCUAGCACUAUGCAUGAUAACGACGCAGAGCUUUUAGAUCGAGAAAAGUCACGAAACCUUAACAAAAAUCAGCACAAGACGUCGACGCCUAUUGAAGAUGCACCAGGUUGGAAUGAAGGGCUUGCAAGUGCAUCAGAGGCUCAUGUCAAGGCUGAUCGUUCCGAAAUACCAAUGCACGAUCUCCAGCGCAGAACUGUGAACUACAUCCAGUCGCGCCAUGCCCCUGAUGAGCGGCUCGAUCAACGUGAGGCAUUUUACGCUCGUGACGAAAUUACAGGGCCGUUACGCACUGCCUCAGUAGGCGAGUUUGAAGUAGAUAUGGAGGGAACAGAGGUUGAUCCUGAUGGGCGUAGUGUAAGGCGAGUUGUGCGAGAGGAAAAGACCGAACUUAAUGUGAAAAGGGAAUCGUGAGCUCAACAUGAAAUCAGUGAUAUUUGUAUGUGUAUUAUUUUAUCACAUCUCUCGUGGUUAAGGCUGGCCGAAAGUGAUAACACAACAAUAUGUUUGUGUAAACUUGACUUUAUUUAAUUUUAUACAGCAUUCUACUUUACUAUUUUCAUGUUGCCCGCUCAUUUGUAUGUUUUUAUUUAUCAUACGUUGUGCUCAUAUAUAAUUGCUUCAUAUGUCGAUGAACUGCAUUUCCGUCAAACAUAUUGAAU